AAUAAAUCCAAAAUAAAAACAAAUUCUAGAAAAAAGGAUGGAAGGCACUAAAAUCUAUUCAAAACAAAAAAUUUCUUCAUCAAAUAUAACAAGAGAAGAUUUUGAUAGCGGUCCUGUCAGUCUUGAUGAAAUAGAAGAUGGCUUGUUUUUGGGAAAUCUUUCUGCCGCUUGUAGUUUGGAAACAUUAAAAAAUUACCAAAUAACCAGCAUUUUAACAUUAGAUACUGUGCCUCUACCAUGCCACAUAUCCGAACAAUCAUUUUUAACAACGAAAUAUGUACAUGUAUCUGAUAUGCCAAGAGAAGACUUAUUGCAUUAUUUGGAAGAAUGCAUCAAUUACAUUACGGACUCAUUAAAAAAUGGAAAAGUAUUGGUUCACUGUUACUUUGGAGUCAGCAGAAGCUCAGCUAUCGUAAUUGCAUAUAUAAUGAAAAAAUAUAAUUUGGAUUAUGGACCUGCGUAUGAAAUGGUUUUAAAAAAAAGGAAGUAUGUUCAACCAAAUGUUGGAUUUAUAUUUCAAUUAAAGUUAUUUAAAAGAAUGGGAUGUAAAAUAGAUCCAAAUUAUCAAAAAUACAAGAAAUAUCGUUUAAGGAUAGCUUCAGAGAAAGUUAAAAAAGCUAAAAUUCUUCCACAGAGUUGUAUGGAUUUAAUACAACCAGAUCCUGGAUUGACACAAGAAAAUCCAGAACCGAUAGUUUAUCGUUGUCGUCAAUGUAGGCGAAUACUUGCGAAUAAAUCACAUGUUUUAAAUCAUAAUAGCAAAAUUAUUGAAAAUAAUACGAAAAUUAAUACAGAAUUGGAUAGCGAAUCAAAAUCUGACAAUAAUAUACAAAAUUUAUGUGAGCAGUUACAAGAGUCUUCCAUUGUUCCCGAGAAUGAAGAGCAACCUAUUAUCGCAGAUGUAUGUGAUAAAAUUGUAUUUUUGGAACCAAUUGCAUGGAUGAAAGAUAUUUUGAAACAUAGCCAAGGCAGACUGAAUUGCCCAAAAUGUAAUCAAAAAUUGGGAAGUUUUAGUUGGGUAAAUGGGUGUUGUUGUCCAUGCGGAUCUGCAGUGGCACCAGCGUUUUACUUAGUACCUUCAAAAGUUGAAUUAUCAAAAAUUGUACAGAACGUACAACUAACAUUGUAAAAGAACAGAUAAAUAAUAUCAAAUAAUAUUACAUUCAUAUUCAAAAAUUCAAAAAGAGCAAUAAUAUAUCUUUAUUCUUUUUUGGAAUAAAAAUAUCAAUAAAAUUAAUGGAAAAUUUUUAAUAAAUAAUAAUGCUUUAUGUGUUCUACUCACCUAUGUGUAUUUUAUAAUAAUACAAUUUUUAUCUUAUAAAAAAUACUCCUAUUAUAUAAAUAUAUUAAAAAAUUUGCGAAGCAUCACAUUAAUUUAAUCAUUUAUUGGUGUACUGCCUGCAAGGAGUAUAGUUAAUAAGGUUUUGAGAUAUAUACUUAAAAUGUUAUAUUUCUUAUGUACUCUAUUUAAAAAUAAUAUAGUUAGUAAAAAUUGUUAAUAAAUUAUUUAGUUCUUUAAAAAAUAA